AUGGUGGAACUGACUGCGGGUCACGAAAAUGAGACACAAAAACCACUCAAGCCGAUGGAAGAAGUGAAUUUGGCGUUAAAAGAAUGUGGCUUCGGCAGAUUUCAUAUACGUCUGUUGUUUACUUCUUUUUUGGGGCACACAGCCGGUGUUAUAGCUUCAGCCACCACUCCUUACUUGCUACCGCUAGCGGAAUGCGACCUGGACAUGGACUUGUUGGAGAAGGGGGUUCUGAAUGGAAUGCCUUAUGUGGGUAUGAUGGUAUCUUGCGUCGGCGCAGGUUUUUUAACGGACACGUUUGGUCGAAAAAAGUUUCUGCUUCUGGGACUUGGCGGACUAUUUUUUUUCUCUGUUACUUCGGGCCUGAGCCAGAGUUACGAAAUUUUAAUCGCUUCGAAAUUCUUCGAAGGGUUCUUGUUUGCUAUAUCGUUCAGCCCUCUUCUAGCUCUGACGUCAGAGUUCUGCCACCCAGGAAUAAGGGAUAGGGUAAUGCUCGUCCAAUCAUCGUUCAUAGCGGUUGCACAGGUCGUGGUGGCUUUGAAGUCCUGGGGAAUACUGACUUUUGAUUGGAACGUCUCUUUCUUCGAUGGCAGUUUUGUACUACACACUUGGAACUUCUACCUGCUAAUAUUUUCAUCAUGGGCUUUCCUGGCUACGGUUUUCUACGCGUUCCUGCCCGAAAGUCCGAAAUAUUUCGUCACACAGCACAAAUAUGAUGAAGCUAGAGCGAUUUUGGUUCAGGUGUAUGAAGAGAACACGAGGAAACCUGCUGAUACUUUUAAAUACAUUGAUCUGUGGAAGAAUAAAUCGGAGUGCAUUCCUGAAGCGAACAACGAAGAUAUGAAGAGCAAGCUUUGUACGGGAUUUGAAAACAUUAAGCCGAUGUUUCGCAAACCGCUGUUAUUCUAUCUCAUAUUCUUUUGUUCUAUAAACUUCUUCACGAUGCAGCAAUACAACGUGCUCCGUCUUUGGUUCCCUCAAUUAUCGACGAUCGUCGAACACUACAGAGACGAUGGAAAUAAAGACCUUUGUGCCAUGUUGGAUACGUACACAGCUGAUCUUCGAGACAGAACGACUAAUGCUACUAUUAACGUAGAUUGUAUCCCAGUACGCAGUGGUACAGAAACUUACGUAAACGCCAUCAUAAUAGGCCUAGUCUGCUUUUUACCGAAUGUCUUGACAAGUUUACUGGUGAAGAAAGUCGGGAAGAAGAAUCUGUUGUUGGUGUGCGGUUUGAUUUCCGUCGGGUGUACGAUUGGGCUGCGAUGGGCGAUUACUAAGACCGAUCUGGUGUCGUUGUAUUCGACUGUGGUGGCUACAGCCAGAGCCAUGAUAAGUCUUACCCAGGCUAUGGUCUUGGAGUACUUUCCUACAAGUGGAAGAUCGUUAGCCAUUGGUUUUAUUAUGAUGUCUGGACGGACAGGGACAUUAGUUGGGAACGUUAUGUUUCCUAUUCUUCUCAAUAUGGGAUGCGUUGUGCCGUUCUUUACGUUAGCUGCUCUUUUACUUGGUAUCACCUCAUUAGCUUUAUUUUUGCCAGCUAAGGAAAAAUGA